AGUGUCUUCUCCUUUGAUAUCACCUGGGACGAGCGAUCACAUUAAGAACAGAUGGUAGCAACGCCUUCAAUAUUUCAUACACAACAUAUAUAUUCAACAGGAAUGUACCAUUUUCCAUUAUUAUUACGCAUAAGUCUGGCUACGAUAACAGCAAAUUCUCCCUCUAGAAAACCUAUUUUUAGGUGUCGCUUACAACAGAGUGUUAUGAAUGGUUCAUGAGUAGGUUAUCAUAAGAUUUUUAUGGAUUAAGCAGAUAACUGGUUUUGUUAAACUAUAUUAUAAGAUACGUUUGUGAUCAAUUUUUGUAUUUCGGAUUAUUUCACUUAAAUAAUAUACCGAAUGAGAGAAAUGUACAAAGCUCCCCCGCUAACGUGAUUCUAUCCCGAGAUAGAUAUCUCUUACAACGAGUGUGAAAACAUAAGCUGAUAUACUGUGGAGGGUAAUUAAUGGAUGCAGGACCUUAUGAUAACGUUGAAUUCCCACCGGUUAGACCAGGGUCACAGACCUGGUCUGGACCUCAGUCUUCUACCAAAUUAUAUGGAUAUAAUGUGGGAUCUAGAGAUAGGGUGACAGGAACCGUCACACCCACUUUGGCACCAGUGGCAGAAAGUGAUGGGAAUGAUUAUAACGAGGAGUUAGCCGAGAUUGGUGAGCAGAGACAAUUGAUAAACAUUACAUCACCUCCUGGGGUACAAACUUUUCCCCCAGCAUCCCCCGGGAUUCAUCAAACUCUACCUGGAUUUCAGUCAUCAUCCUCAGAUUUUCAAACGACAUCUCCUGUCAUUUUUCAAUCGUCGCCCAUGGGAAUGCAGUCAUCAGGACAAAUACAGAAAAAGGAUACCGUCGUCAAUGCGAAUAAAGAAAUCUUCAUUGCCAAUACACACGGGAAUACACCUAAUGCAGUUGCACACAAGUCUGCGACAAUGCCUAACCUUACGCAACAGAAGUUCACGCCACAACCUUCCCCGAGCCUGUCACGGUCAGUGGUGGAGCAACCUAGAUCAAUUGCUAAAAGAUUUACGGAACUAGAUUUGAAUCCCAGAUCACAGGAUGUAUUUAGUAAGACGCAUGCAACGAAGGGUAAAGCCUUUUUAUAUAAAAGUUUGAUGGAAGAAGGCAAUAGAAUGAAGGAAAACGUGUGGGAUGUGAAAGGGAAGCCAGGCGAGAUGUUGUCAUAUGAACAACUCUUACAAGGCAUGUUGAUAGAAGGUGAAAUGUUACUGUUAGGAGGUUCAUGGUUACAGUUUUCAAACAUAGAUUUUUUAGAUCCUACUGGAAAAGAAUCAAUAAAGCCAUCGAUUGGUAGAGGAAGGCUAUGUUUAACCAAUCAGCGACUACUUAUUUUAUCUGCUGAUAUCGACAGUGAUGCCAAUUUAAAAAAUCCUAAAGAAACCGAAUACACAUUGGAAAUUUCAAAAUGUACGACAACAUACUUCCAGAACAUACCAUUAAAUGGGGUUCUUGCAGUUGAAUUAUCAGCAGUCGUUGGCAACAGCCAAGAGAGUAGAAUAGUCUCCCAGAAACCAUGCUGCUGUUGUGGGUUGUGUUCCUGUCUUCCAAGCAUAGUGACUGAUGAGAGAUUCAGUCUUCUUUUUAGUAAGAUACCUUGCUGCAUGACGACAUGGAAAGCUGACGUUCCCGUAUAUAAGACAAUCAACAAUCGCACAAUACAAAUAGGAGUAGUGAUGCCUCCGUGGCUAACACAGACACUUAUUGUGGUACACCUUCAUCCGGAUAUUCCUUUGACAACAGGACGAGAUUUCGUUUCCUUAUUGCAUAACCAUGCUCCUCGCAUACAUUGACAUUUUU